AUGGACAACUCCCAACCAACCACUCCUAGCCAAACUGAGAAGGCCCCAGCUGAAAAGCCCAAGAUUGACGUCAAGCUCUUGGACCAGCAACUCGAUGACAUGGACUCCGAUGAGUUUGACUCGGACGACGACCAUAGUGGAGGUUGCAGCUGCUGUGCUGGUCUGGUAGGUACAAUUAGAACACAAUAG